CCUCAAGGACGAACGCAGCCGGGGCUGCGUCUUCGAAGGCUGCGUAUGCGUAGGCUGGCGUUGGAUCAAUGGAUCGAGCCGAUCGAUCAACCUCCUCGUCGUGAUCUGCUAUUAUUUAUAGCCCACCGGUAGCCAUCGCAGUCGCAGCAGCAGCAGCGGCAGCAGCAGGCAGCACCCCCCCGACUUGGACUUGGAUCUCGCCCUCCGCCGGCUUCCUUCCCUUCCCUUUGCGCGCCAUGGGGACGGCCAACGGCGACCAGCCGGCGGGCGCCUCGUCGGACAAGCUGCGGCACGUGGAGUCCAUGUCGGAGCUGCCCUCGGGCGCCGGCAAGAUCUCCGGGAUCAACGCCGUCGUGCUCGGGGAGUCGCUGGCCGCCGAGGAGCACGACCUUGUCUACCCCAGCGCCGAGUUCUCCGCCGACGCGCUCGUCCCCUCCCCGAAGCAGUACCGGCAGAUGUAUGAGAGGUCAAUCAACGACCCGGCCGGGUUCUGGUCGGAGAUCGCCGAGAAGUUCUACUGGAAGGAGAAGUGGAACCCCAGUGAGGUCUGCUCUGAGAACCUCGACGUCACCAAGGGGCCCGUACAGAUCAGUUGGUUCAAAGGAGGCAAAACAAACAUUUGUUACAAUGCUGUUGAUCGCAACAUUGAGGCGGGGAACGGAGACAAGAUCGCGAUGUAUUGGGAGGGCAAUGAGCCUGGUCAGGAUGGCAAGCUCACCUAUUCAGAGCUCUUGGACAGCGUUUGCCAGCUUGCCAAUUACUUGAAGAGCGUUGGUGUUGGCAAGGGUGAUGCUGUGAUCAUCUACUUACCAAUGUUGCUGGAGCUGCCCAUUGCUAUGCUUGCUUGUGCCCGUAUUGGCGCUGUUCACUCGGUUGUAUUUGCUGGAUUUUCUGCGGAUUCCUUGGCCCAAAGGAUUGUUGAUUGCAAGCCUAAGCUUGUGAUCACCUGCAAUGCAGUGAAAAGAGGGGUCAAGCCCAUCCUUCUUAAAGAUAUAGUGGAUGCAGCUCUGGCCGAAAGUGAGAAAGGAGGAGUCUCUGUAGGUCUAUGUUUGACGUACGAAAAUCAGUCAGCAAUGAAGAGAGAAGACACAAAAUGGCAAGCAGGAAGGGAUGUUUGGUGGCAGGAUGUUGUGACCAGUUUCCCAACCAAGUGUGAUGUAGAAUGGGUGGAUGCAGAGGACCCAUUGUUCCUUCUGUACACAAGUGGCAGUACAGGAAAACCAAAGGGUGUGCUGCAUACUACUGGUGGCUAUAUGGUGUACAGUGCAACAACAUUUAAGUAUGCAUUUGACUACAAGCCAUCAGACAUAUACUGGUGCACUGCAGACUGUGGCUGGAUUACCGGACACAGCUAUGUGACAUAUGGUCCACUCCUGAAUGGAGCAACAGUUCUCGUUUUUGAAGGGACUCCAAACUACCCUGAUUCUGGUCGGUGCUGGGACAUUGUUGACAAAUACAAGGUGACAAUAUUUUAUACUGCACCGACACUCGUACGAUCACUCAUGCGUGAUGGCACUGAGUAUGUUACACGCUACUCUCGCAAAUCUCUUCGAGUUUUGGGAAGCGUUGGUGAGCCAAUUAAUCCUAGUGCAUGGAGAUGGUUCUACAAUAUUGUUGGGGACUCUCGCUGCCCUAUCUCAGAUACUUGGUGGCAGACUGAAACUGGUGGAUUCAUGAUCACUCCUUUACCUGGUGCCUGGCCCCAAAAACCUGGUUCUGCAACCUUUCCUUUCUUCGGUGUUCAGCCUGUCAUUGUUGAUGAGAAAGGGAAGGAGAUUGAAGGAGAAUGCAGUGGAUAUCUUUGCAUAAAGAAAUCAUGGCCAGGGGCUUUCCGGACCCUCUAUGGAGAUCAUGAUAGAUAUGAGACCACUUACUUCAAACCAUUUGCUGGCUACUAUUUUACUGGGGAUGGUUGCAGCAGGGACAAAGAUGGUUACCACUGGCUGACUGGAAGAGUAGAUGAUGUCAUCAAUGUCAGUGGACACCGGAUUGGUACAGCAGAGGUUGAGUCUGCGCUGGUUUCACACCCACAGUGUGCAGAGGCUGCUGUUGUUGCUGUUGAGCAUGAGGUGAAAGGACAAGGAAUAUAUGCUUUUGUAACUUUGGUGGAUGGUGUUCCUUAUAGUGAACAGCUACGAAAAAGUCUCAUAUUGACUGUUCGUAACCAGAUUGGGGCAUUCGCAGCUCCUGACAAGAUCCACUGGGCGCCAGGGCUUCCUAAAACAAGAAGUGGUAAGAUAAUGCGCAGGAUUCUGCGGAAAAUCGCAUCGAAGCAGCUGGAUGAACUUGGCGACACAAGCACCCUUGCUGAUCCUGGUGUUGUCGACCAGUUGAUCGCGCUCAAAGAUUGCUAGAUUGUAAAAAAGAAUUAGACGACAGAUGAUGCACUUUUGCUGAUGGUUUGUGCGUUCCAUUUCUCUUCCUAUAUGAUGGAUAGAAUGCCUACAUUUUUAGUGUCCAUAGUCUUUACUUUUGUUCAGUGAAAGUGCUCCUGGGUGCGGCUAGAGAACUGAAGCGAGAUGGAAUGAUACGUGGUGUUGCAACUUCUGUAAACUACUGUUACACAUACUGAGAUAACUCCGGAUGGGCACAAUAAAUAUAUUUCAAUAAAAUCAUGCGUGAGAUUCCCACUUUCUAGUGUCAAA